AUGACACCAAUUAAGAAGGAUCCCAAUUCACAAGCAAACCACCUUGUCUUUACGACUACGCACACUGAUAUCAACCUGACCUUGUCGUUUCCCACUUCGUCGUUAUCCGGGGAUGUUACUUUGACAUUGAAAGCUACUGAGGAUACGUUGGAGGAUGUGGUUUUGGAUACAAGCUAUUUGGAUGUGAAGAGUGUGUGUGUUGAUGGAGAUAAAGCAACAUUUGACGUCUCAGAGAGAGUGGAGCCUUACGGGAGUGCUGUGACAAUCAAUACUGGGAAGGAAGUGAAAGAAGGCCAAUGCGUCAAAGUGAAGAUCUCUUACGGUACCACUGAUAAGUGCACCGCUUUGCAAUGGAUGACACCUGAGCAAACAUCUAAUAAGAAGCACCCUUACAUGUUCUCACAAUGCCAGGCAAUUCAUGCCCGUUCUCUGUAUCCUUGCCAAGACACACCAGCUGUCAAAUCCCCCUUCGAUAUCAAGAUUCGUUCUCCCCUUCCAGUCCUUACUUCUGGUCUGCCAACGGGAACCCACGAGUUCAUUGCCGGGAAAUCUAAAGACGAAGCUGGAACUCUUGCGUACACAUCGCACCAACCUAUUCCAAUUCCAUCGUACCUUUUUGCCAUUGCGUCAGGAGAUAUUGCAUCAGCCUCCAUUGGCCCUCGGUCAUUGGUCUACACAGGUCCUGAAGAGCUUUUAGCUUGCAAGACGGAGCUUGAGGGUGACAUGGAGAGGUUUAUGGAAGCUGCAGAGUCACUCGUGUACCCUUACCCGUGGACUACUUACAACGUUUUGAUCCUCCCUCCCAGUUUCCCGUACGGAGGUAUGGAGAACCCAACACAUACCUUCGCAACACCAACAAUUAUCUCGGGUGAUAAAUCUAACAUCGAUGUAAUUGCCCAUGAACUUUCCCAUUCUUGGUCUGGGAACCUAGUUUCCAAUGCAAGUUGGGAACAUUUCUGGCUGAACGAGGGAUGGACUACCUACCUCGAGAGACGUAUCGGGGGUAUUCUUCAUGGUGACAAAGAGUUUCAUUUCUCUGCGAUUAUCGGAUGGAAGGCUUUAAAGGAAAGUGUGCAACUCUAUGGAGAGGAUCAUGGAUUUACGAAGCUGGUGGUGGACUUGGAAGGGAAGGAUCCGGAUGACGCCUUCUCUAGUAUUCCGUAUGAGAAGGGAUUCAACUUCCUAUUUUUCCUCGACAGAGUGGUAGGGAGGGCAAAAUGGGACAAAUUUAUUCCACAUUAUUUCAAAAAGUUCCACCAGAAAUCAUUGACCUCAGAGGACUUCAAAUCAACAUUAUUGGAGUUUUUUGCAUCCGACGCUGAAGCUUCUGCGGCACUUGAAAAGGAAGUGGACUGGGAGAAAUGGUUCCACGCGCCUGGCCUUCCACCAAAGCCUGACUUUGACACUUCGCUUGCCGAUGUCUGCUAUAACCUCGCGGAUAAAUGGCAGGGUCUAAAUACCGAUUCAUCGCCAUCUGGGGGCUGGACUCCCGGUCCCAAGGAUAUCGAAUCUUGGACAUCUGGACAGAUCGUCGUUUUCCUUGAAAAAAUCACAGACUUUGAGAAACCGCUAAAAACGGAACUUGUCGAAACGAUGAUAAAUCAGUAUGGAUUCAUGAAGAGUAAGAAUGCGGAGAUUCUGAGUCGAAUGUUGAUAGUCGGGCUCAAGGCAAAGGACCCAAAGUUAUUUCAGCCUGCAGCAGAAGCUUUAGGUCUAACCUUUUGUGAUGUUGCAACAACAACACGCGUCGACCAGGCUCAGAGACUGACCUUUGCAUCGUCUUUGUUCAAUUGCCCAUCCACCGAAUCCUUGCUGCCGUUAUCUGAUCCUACUCCUACAGCCCCUGUCGCUCCAUUAGCAGAAACAAUGGAUGUAGAAGCUUCCGAUCUUACGGGCGACUUGUUCGGCGAGACACCAGCGGAGGCGGAAGAAACCGAGAAGGAAGAGAAAAAAGAGGACGAGGAUGGUGAUGGAGACGGCGAAGGCGACGUCGAGGAAAAGUUCGAGGAGGGGAACGAAGAGGGCGGGGAAUCGAGCAUGGCGCUAGCAGUCGUUGUCGACAAUUCCGCAAACGAGGUUGUUCCUGAAAAGAAGGAACUGACUUUCAUUGACUAUCUUUCUUCAUCCAUUGUAACCAUCACCGUCGGAGAUGCUGUCCUCAAGGCUCAUCUUGCGCUCCUUCAGCGCAGCCCAUACUUCGAUAACUCCCUCACCGUCGAUAGCCUCAAAGAUGAGAACCUCGAUGCUGUUGGUUGCUUCCUGCAGUAUCUCUACACGAACGAGUACACCCCCCGUCUCGUCUUCAACAAGAACGCAUCCGAGUUGGUGCUGGAGGUGGUUUCCCCGGAUGAAAUUGAUGAAGAUGGGAGCCAUCUGUUGAAGCAUGCGAGGGUAUAUACACUCGCCGAUAAGCUAGGCAUGGAGGAGCUCAAGACAUUGGCGCACAGCAAGAUUCACAGGAUCAAUUCUACCGCUAAGGGCGAGCUUGAGUAUGCUAGGUUCGUGUAUGCGAAUACACCAAAGGAGGACAAGACUAUUAGAAACCCUAUCGCAACUUUCUGGGCCCAUAGAAGCCAUGUCCUACGUCACGAGGCUGAGAGGGAAUUCAUGGGAAUGAUUCUUGAGUUCCCGCAAUUCGCCUACGACAUACUCUCCAUGGUGCUUGACCAGAAGGAAAAGGCCAAGGAUCAUAAGGGUGGGAGGGCCAUUGAGCGUGAGGAACGCGAAGGAACAACCCUAACUGAGAUGGGACCGCCCGCCCCCGAGAAGAGACCAGGAAGCAGCCGCAAGAGGCCAAGGACCUCAUCAGUUAUGUAG